AUGCCAUCCUCAAUCUACUCAUCCCAGCCCUACCACCUCCUUGCCUACGGCACCCUCCUCGGCUCGAACAUCUUCCAGACCUUCUUCAAUGGCCCACUCGCCUUCAAAGCUCUGCCACGACCACAAUUCGCAACCCUCCAGACAACCAUAAUCCCCGCCUUCUUCUCGUUACAAACCGCACUCCCUGUGAUCCUCGCAUUGACAUGGCCGGGUGAGAAGAUUGCAGGAUUGGGAAACGCAGUGGUGAGGAGAGGCGAUGGCGUGAGUGGGCUUUUACGGCAUGGACAUGGUGAAGCUGAUUUCUUCUGGACGGCGUUGGUGCCUAUCGCUGUGAUGUUUGGGUCGGCUGCUGUCAAUUUGAUUGUUCUGGCGCCUUGGACGACUAGUAUCAUGAAGCAAAGGAAACAUCAGGAGACGAGGGAUGGCAAGCGAUACUAUGACCCGGGGCCAAGGUCAGACGCCAUGCAGAAGUUGAAUACAUCGUUCAGCAUAUUACACAGUGCGUCGUCAAUCGUCAGCUUGGUCGGCACUGGCUACAUGAUAUACUAUGGCUUCGUGUUGGCCGAUAGACUAUGA